GAUCAUCUGGCGUUCGGGGAGGACGUCAUCUGCUUUUUUCCCCCCCGACUUCUACUAUGUCGCGAGUGUGUUUGAGAAUGAGUUCAUAGGAGAGUGAGGAACUUUAAAAGAUGUGUGUGUGUUUAUUUGAACGGGUGUAAAGUGUGUGUAUCUAUAAAUAUAUAUUUAUAGAUACAAAUAAGAGUGAGAAAGUGUGUACGUGUGUCUGUAUGUAUGGUGUUGCCCAAGCCAUUGGAAAUGCUGGGGCGUCCAGCGAGGUUAUUUUUGGAUCAGUGACAGCGUAUCAAUGGCUGCAGAUGCGUCGCAAAGAAAGGCUCUGAGAUACCAGCAGACCCUGCUGUAUGGCGAGUACAGGGAGCAGCUCGGAAACUGUGCCAGGCGGGAGGCCGCCCGUCUGCUGACGGAGAGACAAUGUAGGAGACAGGCGGGAGAGAACCCCACCGGCCGAACGGGGCGGCAGCAUCACUCUCAUCACCCCGUGUCCCUGGAGUCGUACCACAGCCACGCCUCCUCCACCAAGAAGCCUCGUCCCUACUCCAAAUGCCAAGAUUGCUUUGCUCGUGUGCGGCGGUACAUAGUGAACAAGUUGGGGGAGGACUGGAUAUUUCUGGUUCUUCUGGGACUGACGAUGGCUCUGGUCAGCUGGAGUAUGGACUACGCCAGCGCCAAGAGCCUUCAAGCUUACAAGUGGAUGCACGGGGAGCUGAAGGGCAAUGUGCCCCUUCAGUACCUCGCCUGGGUUACCUAUCCCAUGAUCCUUGUUAUGUUCGCCUCGCUCUUUUGUCACCUGGUUUCCCCACAGGCCAUCGGUUCUGGCAUUCCUGAGCUGAAAACCAUCCUGAGAGGUGUCGUGCUGAAGGAGUAUCUGACCCUCAAAGCCUUCGUGGCUAAAGUCGUCGGGCUGACUGCUUGCUUAGGCAGUGGGAUGCCAGUAGGCAAGGAGGGUCCAUUCGUCCACAUCGCCAGUAUCUGUGCCGCAGUGCUGAGUCGAUUCAUGUCCAUCUUCACUGGCGUCGAUGAGAACCCUUAUGGUUACACAGAUAUUCUGACUGUUGGCUGUGCCGUGGGGGUGGGAUGCUGCUUCGGCACUCCACUUGGAGGGGUGUUGUUCAGUAUUGAGGUCACGUCUACCUACUUUGCGGUGAGGAAUUACUGGCGGGGAUAUUUUGCCGCCACAUUCAGCGCCUUCAUAUUCAGGGUGCUCUCUGUUUGGAACAAGGAUGCUGUCACAAUCACAGCCCUCUUCAAAACUAAUUUCCGGAUGGAUUUCCCUUUCGACCUGCAGGAGCUGCCUGCAUUUGCAAUAAUAGGGAUCUCGUGUGGUUUCCUGGGGGCGUUCUUCGUCUACCUGAACAGACAGGUGGUUCUCUUCAUGAGGAGACCGACAGCGCUCACACGCUUCCUAACCAGACAUCGAUUGAUCUAUCCAGGUGCAGUGACACUGAUCAUCGCCACCUUAACGUUUCCACCUGGAUUUGGACAGUUUAUGGCUGGAGAGCUGAUGCCCAGAGAUUGCAUCAACUCCUUGUUUGAUAAUUUCACCUGGACCAAAAUCUCAGGAUCUGCGGCUCCGCCCGGCCUGGGUCCCUCCUCUGCAUGGCUUCAUCCUCACGUCAGCGUCUUUGUCAUCCUCCUCCUCUUCUGCAUCAUGAAGUUCUGGAUGUCAGCGCUUUCCACCACGAUGCCCAUCCCCUCCGGUGCCUUUAUGCCAGUGUUCAUAUUGGGAGCUGCUUUCGGCCGCCUCGUGGGGGAGAUCAUGGCCACUCUUUUCCCAAAUGGAAUCCUGUUUGAUGGGAUAGUCUACCGUAUCCUGCCGGGAGGUUACGCCGUCAUUGGUGCGGCAGCCAUGACGGGAGCCGUCACACACACGGUUUCCACUGCAGUAAUCUGCUUCGAGCUGACCGGUCAAAUCUCGCACAUCCUGCCCAUGAUGGUGGCCGUCAUCCUCGCAAACAUGGUGGCCCAGGGCCUGCAGCCUUCUCUCUACGACUCCAUCAUCCAGAUGAAGAAGCUGCCUUACCUGCCUGAACUGGCCCUCGGGCACAUCAGCAAGUAUAACAUCUUUGUGGAGGACAUCAUGGUGCGCAAAGUUAAGUUCCUCUCUUCUCAAUCAACCUAUCGGGAACUGAACCAUCUGCUAGACACCACAUCUCUGAAGACCAUCCCCCUGGUGGACUCUAAAGAAUCCAUGAUUCUUCUGGGCUCCAUCGAGAGGACGGAGCUUCAAGCCGUGUUUGACUGGUGGCUCUCCCCAGAGAGGAGAGUCUUUGAAAGAGGGCCGAGCUCACCGGGCCAGGGCUCCAAAGUCAGCUGGGAGUCCUUCACCUUUGUAGACGAGGAUGGCGGAGAGGAGAGCGCAGACAAGACGGCUCCAGUACAGGAAGAGUGUAACGGGCCCAUCCCAUCCCCAAGACCUCAGGAGCCCACCUCCACCGACCUCACAGGUUCAGACAAGCGCAAGCUGCCAUCUGUCAGCACGGCCCUCCAGAGACUCUUCUCCUCCACAUCUUUGUCGGGACCGACUGAAACUGACGAGGCCACGCCCACGCCCACUUCGCUGACGGACCCCAUGUCCCCAGAGGAGAUCAAAACCUGGGAAGAGGAAGAGCUGGAUAAACCAAUCGAUAUGGAGCAGAUACGUAUUGACCCCUCCCCGUUUCAGCUCGUGGAAAGGACUUCUCUGCACAAGACCCACACUCUGUUCUCCCUGCUGGGUCUCAGUCACGCUUAUGUCACCAGUAUUGGAAAGCUGGUGGGUGUCGUGGCACUAAAAGAGUUACAGAAAGCUAUCGAGGGCUCCACUCGCAGUGGCGUGAGGCUUCGUCCCCCUCUGGCCAGCUUCAGAGACGCCAGCAGGAAAACCAAGAAGCACCAACCUCCCUCAUCCACCCCUUCCUCCCCCACUCGGGACAAAGACCCGUGGGGGGAGGGGAGCAGCAGGGAGGGAGAGCUGGUGAGGAAGGAUUCCAGAGGCAAGGCGUCAUUUCCCAGGGAAGCUGCCGGGUGUGACGCGUCUCCCUCCUCCUCCAGCAGCGUUCGGAGCACCAGGGGCAGCUCUGCGCCCACAAGAGGAGCUGACUGUGGUUCACAGGAGCCGGCAUCUCCGUCUACCUCCUCCCCUUCUACCUCCUCCCCUACCUCACCUUCACCUCCUGCCUCACCUGUGUCCCCAAGCAGCCCUGUCCUCCCCCUGUCCUCCCUGCAGGAGGACAGGGGGAGCGAGGAGUCAGAUGAGCCCGUAUAGACUGGCUUCAGGAGAAAAGACUGUUCCCUUCCUUUCACUCCUCUCCCCCCAGAGACAGAGCGGCUGUCUGGGUGGAGGAGUCGGGCUCGUCUGCAGACCCUCAGACAUUCAGCUCUCAUAGAGCGGGGCGAGCUAGUGCACAUAAAGCUCCUGAAACUUGUAGUUUAGGAUUUUUUUUUCUACUCUUACGAUUUCACUCUCAAAAUCUCAGGUGCUUUCCUGUGUCUUUUGAAAUGCUGACGGACAAACGUGUUGCAAACAUAUUGCAAAUGUUCAAUGUCCAUCCAUAUCUUAGACAUUUUGAAUGUAGCUCUGUCAUAUUUCAGUGUAUGUUAAUGUCAUUAAGUACCAUUUAAUCAAAUGUUAACUGACAGCAAUGAGUUGUAUGAUAAUUAAAUGAUAUACUGAUGGUGACUUAAUUAAUUUGGCCUAGAGGUCAAAGUGAUCAUGCAUUUAAAGUUUACUGAUUAAGGUUCAUUUUAAAUUAUAACUGACAUUGAUCAGAUAUGUUCUGUAUGGUAAAUAUUCAAAUCAUUAUUACCAAUCUGUAAUUUUUAAAGAUAAGAAAUGUUAAA